AUGGAAGGUAGCGGUGGCCGUAAGAGGGCUGAGGCAGCAGCAGCGGCUGCGCAGGAGAAGGAAUCCUCCGCGCGGAGCAGAUUCCGCUCCCGCCACCAUCUGCGCUCCGCCGUCACCGCGGGUGGCUCGUCCGUUCCUGUUUCUUCAUCCUGGUUUCGUGUCUCGUCGUCGUCUCCGUCGGCUGUUCCGUCUUCGUCGGCCGUCGGCCGUCGGAUUGCUCUUCACCAGUCGUCCGCGCCGGCCGCAAAGCGCGCUAAGACAUCCGCUGCCGCCGCCGCCGCUGCUGUUUAUCCCCCGAUCUCUCGCACUUCCGCGUUUCUCGUAUCUCCCCCGUCCGUAUCCGCACAACCCUCUGCGCAAGUUUCUUCCGCGCGUGCGCGCCCGUCCGCUUUCUCCCCGCCCUCCGCAAAGCGGCUCACCAGUCGCGUCACUUUCGCUGCGCCCCCGUCUUCCGCUCAUCGCGCGGAAUCUCGCGACUCGCAUCAGGCGAAAUCACGCGCUGCCGCGAAAGCUGGUGCGACCGCUGCGACAACCACAGCGUCGUCGCGUGGUGCGAAUACCACUAGCGCCAUCCUCACUCGUCCCGGUUCCGCUCCCCUUGUGGGUGCUGCGGCGGCUGGUCUCGCCAGUACCGCGGGUGCAAAGGCGAGUGCACGUGCCCCUGCUGUGAGCGCUUCCGCAGGUGGCGCAGUUGGCGGAGGAGUAGGCGGAGCGAGCGGAACUGUUGGUGGUGGUAACACUGCAAGGGGGAGCAUGGAUAGAGGUUUCUUCAAGUCGUUUGGGCACGAGGAGGGAUCCAGAAGCAAGCGCUCCUCCGAGAGAGAAAAGGAGAAGGAGAAGGAGAAGGAGAAGGAGGAGAAGAAGGAGAAGGAGAAGGGAAAAGAGAAAGAGCGGGAGCGUGAGAGAGCGAGGGACAGGGAGCGCGAGCAGGAGAGGGAGGCGGAGGAUGGAGGAGGCGACGACGGGGACGAUCUGUUUCUAGGACCCGGUGGGCUGCUGUCAGGCCUUGAUUCCGAUGGCGAUGGGAACGCCGCAGCAGCAGCAGCUCUCAGACAGUCAUUCACGUCGUCUGCUGGUACUGCUCUGGAGAGUUUGCUCCGCCGCUUCUCCGUCUCCAUUGAUGACCUCCUCCCGUCUCCGUCCGCGCCUGGCGCCGCCACAGGAGCAGCAGGCGGCGGCCCCAGCAGCAGCGCCGGCGGCGGCGGUAGCGGGGGUGGGGGCGCGGGGGGUGCAGGCGGGAGCGGGUCCGCGUCCGCCCCGGGGCCGUCUUCCGCAGCUGCGCCCACGCCCGCGCCCCCGCACGCGCACACGCUCACGCGCGCGCAUCUCCCCCAGCCGCAGGGCGGGAGAUACCGCUCCAUCCUAGCAGGGCUAUCCGCGGAGCACGACACAAGCCGGCAGCUAGAGUCCCUCUCUCUCCUCUGCGACCUGCUGCUGAUCGGCACAGAGGAGUCUCUCGCGUCGUUCCCUGUAGACGCGUUUGUGCCGCCGCUGGUGGCGCUACUGGAGUGCGAGUAUUGCCCGGACGCCAUGCUGCUCGCGGCGAAUGCGCUCACGUAUCUCUGUGACGUGCUGCCCAGUAGUGGGUGCUCCGCGUUGGUGCACCAUGGGGCUGUGCCGUCUCUGUGCGCGCGCCUGCUCACUAUCGAGUACAUCGACCUUGCAGAGCAGUCGCUGCAAGCGUUGCAGAAGGUGUCUCACGAACAUCCCUCAGCGUGCCUGCGCGCGGGUGCGCUCACGGCCGUUCUGUCCCAUCUUGACUUCUUCUCCACCAGCAUCCAGCAAGUGGCGACGCGCACGGCAGCGAAUGUGUGCCGGGACGUGCCGUCUGACUGUGUGCCCAUGCUGCUCGAGGCAUCCCCCGUGCUCGCCAACAUGCUGCAGCACUGUGACGCCAAGGUGGUAGAGAGCACGUGCAUCUGUCUGACGCGCAUAGCCCUCGUGGUCUCGGCCAACCCAGAGGAUCUCGCCACGCUCUGUGCCUCCUCGGGUCUCAUCUCCCACGCUGUGCGCCUGCUCGCCGCCACCUGCACCUCUGCUGGGGUGGGGGGUGCAGCGGUGUCUGGCGGGGGCAUGGGAGGGGGUGUGAACAUUACUCCGACGACCUUUGUGGGUCUGCUUCGGCUGCUCACUCUGUGUGCGCGGGAAGCGGAAGGAGCAGCAGAGACGUUGCUAUCAGCAGACAUUAUCCGCCUCCUGCGCAACGCCCUCCUCUCCUCGGGCCUCCACGCCCCUCCACACUCCACCACUGCUGCUGCUGUGGGUGAUGCAUCUGCGACCCCAUUGGGGUUUACUACUAGCCCUGCCGGCGUGUCUCCUGCUGUGACUGCAUCGAGUGGCGGAGGGGGGAGUGCAGGGGGAUUGGGACCAGUGGCAGCUGCUUCCGCUGCUCCUCCAGGGCUGACCAGGCCUGUGGAAGAGGUGUACGAGAUUCUUGCUCUAGCCAAUGAGCUGCUGCCACGUGCAGUGGAGGAGGAACUGGAGGAGGGGGAGGUGUUAUCUGAGGACAUAUCAUGUGAUGAGAGCGAGGAGAAGGACGUUACACAAGGCGAGGAGGGGAAUGGAGAGGAGGAGAGUGAGAAGGAGGAGAAUGGGAAGGAGAAAAGGGCAGGAGAGGACGGUGCUGCAGCAGCUGUGACUGGUGGUGGUAGCGAGGAAGGGAAGGGCAAGGGGAAGGAGAGGGAGGAGACGGAUGGGAAGGGGAAGGGGAAGGAGAAGGAGAAGGGGAGGGGGAUGAGUGAGCGGGCGAGGCAGAGGGCGUUUCAGCAGGCGCCAGAGGGGCUGGCUCCGUUUGUCUCUGACUUGUUCCCUCUCAUCAUGCAGGCGUAUGGAGCGACAAUGAACGUGGCAGUGCGGCACAAGUGUCUCGAGAUUAUCUGCAACGUGCUGCUGCUCUCCACCCCCACCACCAUGCCCCUCCUCCCACCCGCCUCCUCCAUCGCUAGUUUCCUGGCGGACGUCCUUUCCUCCCAGGACGCGUCUCUCCAGCUACAAGCGCUACGCAUCGCCUCUCUGCUGCUGCACAAAGACGCACAAACCUUCCGCCUGCCCUUCUCGCGCGAAGGCACACUCUUUGCCAUUCAAAACCUCAUCCCUGCUCGUACCACCGCCGCUGCUGCUGCUGCUGCCGGCUCCUCUCCCGCAUCCCGCCGCUCCCCUGUCAAGAGAAGUUCGUCUGGUGGUGGUGGUGGUAGUGGUACUGGUGGUUCUGCCACUGCUCGUUCUCCUGCCCGUCCACCUCCUCUCUCCCCUCUUCCACCCGCGGCUUCUGCCUUUGCCACUGCCGCUGCCGCUGCUUCUCCUACUCCUGCAGCGCCAGUGAGGAAGGAACCAGGCAAGAAGUAUGCUGUAAAGCAUUCUGCUAGUGCGCCUGCGUCCUCUACCCCUGCCAAGCAUGCAGCAGCGUCAUCAUCACCGUCAGCAGCAGCUGCAGUUUCGCCCGGGGUCCACUCAGAUCGGUGCAGGAAAGCAGCAGGGAAAGAGAAGAAGGGCUUGGGUGGCUCCGGCAGUUCUUCUUUCGCUGCUGCGUCUGCUACUGCACCUGCUGCUGCAUCUGCUGGUGCUGAGGAUGCUGCUGGCUCCUCGGCCCCACCAGGGUCAAGCGCACCCAGCUUUGCUCGCUGGAUGGCGGCUAUGGGCAAACGAGGCAAAGCCAAGGGAGAGGCAGCAGAUGGGCCGGGCGCGAAAGACGCAGCUGAGCUUGGUGAAUCAACAAAACACGACCAGCAGCAGCAGCAGCAGCAGACGCAGCAGACGCAGCAGACGCAGACGCAGCAGCAGCAGCAGCAGCGUCCCAGUACCUCUGCGGCAGUAGCAGCUGCCGCCGCUGCCGCGGCUGCGGCUUCAGUGCCACGUCGUGGUGGCGGUAAUUCUGCUGCUUCACCAGCGUCCUCAGCAGCAGCAGCAGUAGCAGCAGCAGCAGCAGCAUCUCCUGCGGCGGCUCGAGCGGCGGCGGCAGCAGCGGUGCAGGCAGCAGUGGCAGCGCAGGCGCAGCAACUACAUGAGCACUUCUUCCCCAUGGGAUGGCGGGCUAAUGAGCCCUCCGGUGCUGCUGAUGGGCUGCUGGAACUGCAGGCUCUGUGCCGAGAGAUUCAGGAAGCAGGAGGAGAGACGCCGAGUCAGGGAGAGAAACAGGGACAGGGACAGGCAGGGGCAGCAGCAGCGGCAGGGGCAGAAUCCGAGGGGCUGAAAGCAAAGGCGAGCUGUGGCUGGGGAAGUGAGGCGAAGCAGGGGGUGGAAUCAACCGGGUUGGUGGUAAAGGCGACAAGGGGGUGGGCUGUGGAGAUGGUGGAACGACUGAGGCAUGACACGGCUGUGCUGUGCCAGGUGCUGGGCAUGCUCGCAGAUAGGUGCACAGGGACUGGUGGCGCUGCUGGUGGUUCUGCUGGUGGUGGUGGUGGUGGUAUGGGAAGGAACGGGUCGGUGUCAGUGACAACGUUUGAGCUAGUGGAAGGGGGUGUGCCCUCUGCCAUGCUCCGGUUCCUCUCCCCUUCUUCUCCCCCUCCUCUCUCCUCUCGCCCUGCUGCUGCGUCUGCUGGCAGCAGCGGCGGCGGUGGGGAGGAAGGAGGGAGCCAGGUGUCAGGCUUGGAUUGGUGGGCUCAGCAGGAGCAGCGGCGGUGUGAGGUGGUCCUUCGGCUUCAGAUCAUCACAGCUAUACUUUCAUCUGCUCUCCCACUCGCCCAAUCCCCACGCUUGCAAGCAGCACUAGCAGCACGGGAGCGCUUCGCAGUGUUGCAAACAGAGCUGUUCCAGCUGCCCGGAGGGGCAGGAGGAGGAGCUUUCACUUCCAGCGGCCCCACAGGAGCAUCGAAUCUAGGCCUUGGCCCUGGGGGGACUAUACCUGGACGAACAGGUAAGCCAGGCGCCCACGGGUUACCUCGCUGGCCGGGAGGGUCCGGAGGAGCAGCAGGAGGGGCAGCAGAAGUGGCGCUGCUAGCAGCAGAAGCAUCUGCUGCUGCAACGGCGGCUGCAGCAGCAGGACCGAUGGGGGCUGGUGGGGUGUCUGGGCUGUCUGCGUUGUCACAGCCGAUCAAGCUGCGGCUGGUGCGCGAGCGGUGCGAGCGGUCGGUGCGGGAUUACUCGUCGAAUGUGGUUCUUAUAGAGCCGUUGGCGACGCUGACUGCAGUGGAGGAGUUUCUGUGGCCUAGAUGCAAGAAGAGUCAAGGGAAGGGUGUGGAAGCAGAGAAGACAGAAGAAGCAGAUGUGGGUAGCAAGGAGGGGACGAGUGGAGGGAAUUUUUUAGGGAAGAGUGGGUGGGGCGCGCUAAAAGGGAGAGAGAAGGGGGAGGGAUCUGGUUCUCGAUCGAAACGAGCGGGGAAAGACAGGGAGGGAGAGGGGGCAGGAGGGCAGGAGGCGGAUGGUAUGGGGAAGAGCAAGGAGAGCGGUGGUAAGGCGAGGGGUAAGAGAGGUGUGGCACAAGAUGCUUCGGGGGAGAGUGCGGGAGGUGGGAAGGAGGACGAAAGGAGGGCGGGGGAGAAGGGUGAGGGGAAGUCACGUUUGGGGAUGGCGCGCGGGUGGUGGAGUGGGGGGAAGGGGAAGAAGGAAAGCAAGGGAGGUGGCAAGGGUGGGGCGGGGGAGAGGGCUGAGAAGGGGCGAGAGAAGGGAAGAGGGAGCGAUGAUGGGAAGGGAGAAGCGUCAAGGAAUGGUAAGGAGAGGACUGAUGGUAAGGCGACAGGGGAGGAGGGGCGGGAGGUGAAGGAGAGGAGGAGGAAGGGUAAAGGGAAGGAUGAGAGGAAGGAGGCGAAGGGUGCGGGUGCAGGGCAAGAGGAGCAGCAGCGGCGGAGUGAGGAGGAGCCGCUUUCCGACCUUGCAGAUCUCAUGGCCUUGAUGAGCGGACUUAACGCAGCAGGCAUGGAGUCAGAGGAAGGGGAGCUGGGUGGCCGAGGUGGUCGGCUAAAGUCCUCCCUUUCAGCACGCUCCCAGACACCACCAGUCGCAGCAGCAGCGAGUGGAGAGAGAUUGGCGGCAGGGUCAAGCGGAACAGUGGAAGGGUCAUCUCUGCUCUUGCCACACUCCAUCAACCCGUCCCUCUCCCCCGUGCGUACUCUCCUUACCGGCUCUCUUUCCACCCCUCUGCCCUCCGCCUCCUCCUGCCCUUCUGUGGUUCGAGACCUGCUGCUGCUGCUGCACACACUGCACGCACUCACUCGCUCCUCCCACCAGCUACAGCAGGAGGCAGCAGCAGCUGCUGCUCUUGUGCUGGCCUGUGCUCGCCCUGAGGGUGAUUCUGCAGAGGAGAAAGCUGUUGGGGGGGAAGAGGACGAGAGGGAGGAAGGAGAGGAGAUAGAAGAAGGGGAGGAGAUGGAUGUUGACGAGGUGCCAACGCCAUCGCACCAUGAUGGGGUGUCAGCAGCAGCAGGCAUUAGUGAGCAGCUCGAGCAGAUCCUGUACACGCAGCUUGGGCUUCCCAGGCUCAUUCUGGGACAGACGGCUGACGGCGUUGCUUCUGGUGCUGCUGCUGCUCCCACCACUCCCUCCACCCCCUACGCCACGAUCCCUGCUCCAGGCCAGGCUGCCGCCUCCCCCUCCUCCUUCUCCGCGCCGCUCUCUCCCUCCCUCUCCCCCACGUCGCCAGCAGCAACGCUCCUGCAGAUCCAGCAGCACAUGGCAGUUCCUCCGGAGUUGUUUCUCAACACCAAGAUUGCCACCAAGUUGCAGCGCCAGCUGCAAGACGCGCUCUCUCUCUGCAGCGACUCGCUUCCCGACUGGGCGCAUGCACUCCCGCGCUCCUUCCCCUUCCUCUUUCCGUUACCUCUCCGCCGCCACUACUUUUACUGCACUGCCUUUGACCUCCUUCGAGGGUUGCACCGCCUGCAGCAGCAGCAGCAGCAGGUGGCGGGGGAGGCGGGCGCGGGAGCAGGAGGAGGAGCAGGGGGAGCGGGAGGAGGAGGCGGAGCAGGAGGGGGAGUUGGUGGGGCAUAUGGGCGGGACAGGCGGCGGGAACUGCGGCCGAUCCGGCUGCAACGGCAGAAGGUGCGGGUGUCUCGUGAGCAUAUACUGGAGUCAGGAACAAAGGUCAUGGAGUUGUAUGCAGGGCAUAAGGCAGUGCUAGAAGUAGAGUAUUUCGGGGAGGUGGGAACUGGUCUGGGUCCUACUCUCGAGUUCUACACGCUACUAUCUCACCAGCUGCAGCGGCGCUCCCUCCGCCUGUGGCGGUCAGAAGAAGGCCCAGGAGUGCCCGUGCCUGCAGCUGUAGCAAGCACCAAUGUAAGCGCUGGCACCGCUGCUGCUGCAGCUGGAGGGGGAGAAGGAGCAGAGGCGCGCACAGGAGGAGGAGGGGGAGGAGGAGGAUCAGGAGGGAAGGGCGCGCAGGGGAGAGGGGGAGUGGGGGAGGGGGAGGAGACGAUGGUACUGGCGCCGCAGGGGCUGUUUCCGCGGCCGUGGAGGGAGGCGCCUGAGCGGGUGAUAGAGCAAUUCAGAAUGGCGGGGCGGCUCAUGGCAAAGUCGCUGCAGGACGGCCGCCUGUUGGACAUGCGCUUCUCCCCGGCCUUCUACCGCCUACUGCUCGAUAAGCCCCUAGGGCUGUACGACGUGCGCCUGUUUGACCCUGCUCUGGGAAGCACUCUCGAGAUGCUUGCGCAUGUGGCUCGCGUCCUCGCCCUCGCCCCUGCCGCCACCGCCGCUGCCGCUGCUGCUAGUGGCAGCGGUGCAAGUGCCGGUUCCGCUGCAGCGACUGACGCGGCUGCGAGCAGGGAUGUUGACGGCACGGGCAGCAGCAGCGGCGGCGGCGGUGGCAGCAGAGAGGGCAGCAGUGGCGGCAGUGUGGUGGUGGCGCAUGGGUUGCUGCCAGAGGGCAUGCUAUUAGAGGACCUGUGUCUCGACUUCACUCUCCCAGGCGACCCCUCCUAUGAGCUCAAGCCGGGCGGAGAGGACAUUGAGGUGGGCGAGGGGAAUGUGGCGGAGUAUCUGCACCUGGUGGUGGAUGCACUGGUGGGGUCAGGCAUUGCUGCUCAGGUCGCCGCCUUCAAGCAGGGCUUUAACCAGGUCUUUUCACUCUCUUCACUGCAAGUGUUCACGGAGUAUGAGCUAGACACUUUGGUGUGCGGAGAUCGCCAGAUGUGGACCGAGGAGAUGCUAGCAGAGCACAUCAAGUGCGAUCAUGGCUACACGCUUGACAGCGCACCCAUCAAAUACCUGCUGAGCAUUCUAGCAGCCUUCACCCCACAGGAGCAGCGGGCGUUUGUGCGCUUUGUCACGGGUGCGCCCUGCCUGCCACCGGGAGGGCUUGCAUCGCUGCGCCCCAAGCUCACCAUCGUCAGAAAGCACCCAUCAUCAUCACCGGGGAGACCCUCUACCUCCACAGCCUCCCCGCCAGCAGCAGUGGGAGCGGGCAGUGCAGGGGGGUCGCCUAUGGCAGCGAGUGAUAUGGAUCUACCCAGUGUCAUGACCUGUGCCAACUACCUCAAGCUGCCGCCUUACUCCUCCCAGGAGGUGAUGCAGCAGCGGCUGCUGUAUGCAAUCUUUGAGGGGCAGGGCUCGUUUGACCUCUCGUAA